AUGGCAGAGCUGAGAACUAUGUCUCCUGAGUUACAUGAUUGGGUUAUCAAUCAAGGUGAUGUGAAUAGGUGGGCAAUGAGCAAGUUUCCAUUUAAAAGAUGGGACAAUAUAACAACCAAUAUAGCUGAGUCUUUCAAUUCUUGGAUGGUGAAGGAGAGAAAGCAUAAUGUGGCGCAAAUGAUCCAUGAGCAUCGGGAGAAAGUAGCAAGGAAGAUGCAUGCAUCAUAUAUGUGUAUGAGUAAGUGGAGGAAUUGUGUUGGGCCAAAAACCGAGGCAAAGGUUCUGGAGAAUGUGUAUUUCAGUAGGUAUAUGAGUUGUGACAAUUAUGGAGGCGGAAGACUGUGUGUACAUACAUCUCGUGGAGAUCAAAGAGUAGACCUUGGUCUACACCAAUGUAGUUGUCUUGGUUGGCAAAUGUCAGGAAUUCCAUGCUGCCAUGCUUGUGCAGCCAUUAAGACUGUGGGGGGAAAUGUAUAUGAAUAUGUUGAAGAUUGUUACAAAAUUUCAGCACAGGAGAAAAUAUAUGGCAGGAGCAUGGUUCCAGUGGUAACAAUCGAUAUGCCUAACCCAAAUGACUAUAGGUUUGAGAAUCUUGUUGAACAAACCUUGCUUUUACCACCAAAUACAAGUAGGCCUCCUGGAAGACCAAGGACUAAACGGCAGGAAUCACAAUUCCAGAACAAAAAAACUGCUUACUUGUUAUAUCAGCAAAUAGAGGUUGCUGUCAAACCACAUACUGCUUACUUGUUAUAUCAGCAAAUAGAGGUUGCUGUCAAACCACCUGUGCUUUGUGGUUAUUUGGCAUACUGA